AUGGCCUCUUUAGUGAGUUCUUCUCUGUUGUCACCUGUCAGGCUCUGUUGUUUGUACCUGUGCUCCAGAACAAGCAGGACUCUCAAUGCAAAAGGUCUUUUGAGUCAAAGGAGUUGGAGUCCAGGUGCAGGUGCAGCUCUGUGCAGACAAACAGGCCUUCCCUGGUGGAAUGGGACUCGAGGGUUUUUCUCCCGCGGUGGCGGUUCAGCCGAGGAGCAGCAGACCCUGGAGGACAUCGCCAAGAACAUCAGAGAGCAGCGGUACAAGAGGGUGGUGGUGAUGGCCGGAGCCGGGAUCAGCACGCCUAGUGGCAUCCCAGAUUUCAGGUCUCCAGGCAGUGGUCUCUAUGACAACCUGCAGCAGUACGACCUGCCCUACGCCGAGGCCAUAUUCGAGCUCAGCUUUUUCCACCAGAACCCAAAUCCCUUCUUCGCCCUGGCCAAAGAGCUCUAUCCGGGCAAUUAUCAGCCCAACCUGACCCAUUAUUUUGUGCGACUGCUUCACAAGAAGAGUCAGCUUCUCAGGAUGUACACGCAGAACAUCGACGGCCUGGAAAGACUGGCAGGGAUUCCUCCAGAGAUGUUGGUGGAGGCUCACGGUACAUUUGCCACGGCCACCUGCACAGUCUGCCUGAGGAACUACGAGGGAGAGGAGCUACGAUCUGAUGUGAUGAGCGGGACGGUCCCAAAGUGUCCCACCUGUAAAGGCGUGGUGAAGCCUGACAUCGUGUUCUUCGGGGAGGAGCUUCCUCGUCACUUCUUCAAGUACCUCACUGACUUCCCACUGGCCGACCUGCUGAUCGUCAUGGGAACGUCCCUGGAGGUGGAGCCCUUCGCCAGUCUGGCCGGAGCUGUGCGCGGCUCUGUUCCCCGUCUGCUCAUCAACAGGGACCUGGUGGGUCCGUUCGCCUGGCGCCGCCGGCCUCACGACGUCGUGCAGCUCGGGGACGUGGUCUCUGGCGUUCAAACCCUGGUCGAUGCUCUCGGCUGGACUCAGGAGCUGGACGCUCUGAUGGCGGCUGGUGCUGAGAAAUCUGCAACAAAGACAGAAGAAUGAUGAUUUCACUGCAUCAAGCUGGAGGUUUGACUUUAUUCACUCACUGUAACAAAAACAACAACACUGCAGGACUGAAUCUAGACUUUUUUAGAAUUGGAUUCAUGUGGUGAUACCUGGAUAUUUGGGUAUUUCAAUGGAAACCAAAAGACUGGAAAUUAAGGAAA